GAUGUCGCUCGUGUGCGCGGUGACCGGGGAAGUCCCGGACGAAGCAGUUUUUUGUCCCAAGACAAAUUUGAUUUAUGAAAAGAGACUCAUUAUGAAGCACAUUGCUGCUACUGGCUGCUGCCCGGUCUCCGGGGCCCAGCUGCAGCAGCAGGACUUGCUUCCCAUCAAAACAAACCCUACGGUGAAGCCCAGGCCGCUGUCCGCCUCGUCUAUUCCGGGGCUUCUCAGCUGCCUGCAGACGGAGUGGGACUCUCUGAUGUCGGAGGCCUUUUUGCUGAAGACCCACCUCGAACAGGUCUGCUGCUGCUGCUGCUGCUGCUGCUGUUGUUGCAGCUGUGAGAAUCCGCGGGCGCGUGCUGCUGCAGCUUCUGCUGCUGCUGCUGCUCCGGGUGUUGCAGCUGCCGGUGCUUUCGGGUGCGCUGCUGCUACUACUGCCUUUUCUUUUUCUGCUGCUUUAGAUCGCCAUGGCUGCUGCUGCUGCUAG